AUGGAUACUCCGACGAGCAAUGGACUUCCCGUUGGAGGGCCUGUUGCAGAGGACAACAUCAUCAACCGAAGAGGUGGCGAGUCCAUCUACCAGAGCUGUGUGAAUUUGAAACUUCGUCUGGCAGAAGUUCCAGGCUUUGAACAACAUUUGGAAGAGAUGGAAGCUGAAGAGCGAACCACGGCAGACCCAGUCAACUCUUUAUGGACCUGUCUUCGGGCUGGCUACCCGCUCAUAACCAUCUUCAACGCAUCGCAACCCGAUGAAAUGCUCGAGGUUGAUCCUGAGAAAGUACCGGAAGCGAAGAGACCGAAAGCCGCUACUUUCAAGUUUCUACAAGCAUGUCUUCAGGAUAUGGGCUUUCCUCAACAGGAUUGCUUUCUAAUCACCGAUCUCUACGGUGAAAAUACGACUGGUUUCAUCAAGGUUAUCAAAAUGGUAAACCGUGUCUUGGAUAUACUAGAAAUGCAAGGGCGUCUUCGCCGGCCCUCUGCAGCAGUAUCUAGCUUGCAAGAAGGUCCAGAGGGCACCGUCAAGCUUACGAAACGCCAACACAUCCUAAAGGAACUUCUCGUGACUGAACGUGACUACGUACAUCAUCUACAGAAUCUUCAGGCGUUGAAGAAGGAGCUUGAGGAGACAGGCGCAAUCACCGGAGACUUGAGUCAUCAAAUCUUCAUGAAUCUGAACGAUCUGCUGGACUCAGCGCAGCGUUUCCUCAUCCGAAUGGAGCAACAUUAUGCAUUACCCGAGGAACGUCAAGACUGGGGGGCCCUUUUCAUUGAAAAUGAGGAGUUUUUACGAAGAUACGAGCCGUUCAUCUCGAAUCAAUUACAGUGUGAUGAAGUAUGCCUUCGCGAAUGGGACAAGAUCAAGGUCGCUCCACGCUCUCCGGAUCUACAGCAAAUGGUUGCAAUGCAGGCCACUCUCAACAGCUUUUUUCUCAAGCCAUUUAAUCGACUCGCUAAGUAUCCACUCAUACUUGGGGAACUUCGAAAACAAACAGAUGAUGAGGCGUUACAGUCAAGGAUUACCAUAGCCAUCAAUAUGAUUCAAUCUGUCCUUGAUUCCGCGAACGCCGCCAUUGAUAAGGAACAUCUGCAAGCAGCAAUGGUCGAUCUUGCAAACCGUGUUGAUGACUGGAAAGCUCUUAAGGUCGAGGGUUUUGGGGAACUGUUACGCUUCGGUACCUUUACUGUCUUGAAAGGAGAAGGCAAUAAGGACUCAGAAAGAGAAUAUCAUAUUUAUUUAUUCCAGCGAAUUCUCCUUUGCUGCAAGGAUGUCAAUCCUAACAAACAAAAGUCCAAACUUAUUGGCUCAAAAGAUAAGCCAUCAGCAAAUUUCAAAGGCAAGCCACGUCUUCAGCUCAAGGGUCGUAUCUAUAUGGCGAACGUCACAGAUGUCGUUUUACUUCAAAAACCAGGCUCGUACCGUAUUCAGAUCUUUUGGAAAGGUGACCCGGGUGUGGUUGACAAUUUCAUCAUCCGAUAUGUCAAUGAAGAUAUCAUGAAAAAAUGGUAUCAGGAUAUCGAUAGGCUUCGAGUUGAGAGUGUCGGCCUACGCCAUGCUCGUAACACUGGAACAUCAGACUCCGAGUUCAUGUAUAUGCAGAAUAUGACUGCAGGAAUGGUCAAUCCGUACCAGCAGGAAUACGAUGCCGAAGAUGUAGCUCACAUUCCAUCUGCCUCGUUCUCAGAAUUCCCGGUCAGCAGAAAUGCGUCAAGCACCAGUCUUCGAGCCAGAUCAGCUACAGGAGGCAGCAGCGGGUCGAUUGGUCUUCCUACUGCCCGCCCGCCUCCCCGUUUCCCCUUGCCGGAGGUUCCGCCGUUGUUGCAAACACAAUUAUCAAACGGCAGUUUGUCUCCUGGUGAACGAGUGGUUGGCACAUCCUACUUUUCUCCAAUUACCGAAACCCCCUCUACACGCUCUAGCUCACAGUCAACGUUCAAUUAUCCCCGACAGAUGACACCGACCAAUGCGUGGAAUGAAGAAUCAAAUCGGUAUACUGCGCCAGCUCUAUCCAGAGGAGUUUCAAGAGAUGGGACUAAUGGCAAUCCUUAUUUCAAUACAUCAAACGGCGCUGCUAACGGCCGCGUUCAGCGACCCUCGUUACCGCCAAUGUCAGGUUCGGGGUCUAACCAGAUGUCACAACGAAUGCGAUCGGCUAGUAGCCCGGAUAUUCACAACACACCUAGAUACAUGAACGGGCAUUCCAUGCAAACGAUCGACAACGUUCCGGUACCUCCAAUUCCACCUCAAUUAGCGAGUAUGCGAGCCCCUAUCAACCGGAGUCAGAAUAACUCGCCUACAAAUAACGGGCUCCCGAUCCGGUCGGCAGCUCAAACUCCAGUUGGAGCACCCCGGCACAUGCAAGGAAAUGACUAUAGUGAUGGAUAUUUCCCCAUGAUGGCCAACAGCCAGUCUUCUCUUUCUGACCAUCCUCUGGCCAAUUCGGGCACUCUUGAACCAGAUACACAGUCUACAGAGCCAAUUAUGCCAACUCAGCUCAAAGCAAAGGUCAACUUUGAUGAUAAUUAUGUGACGCUUGUUAUAGCCAGCAACAUCCUCUUCCGCUCCUUGACUGACCGGGUCGAUGCCAAACUCGCUCGUUUUACUAAUCGCUCCAUUGGUAAUAGGUCUGUCAGACUACGUUAUAAAGAUGAGGAUGGCGACUUCAUCACCAUUGACAGCGAUGAAGCGGUCCAACUCGCGUUCAUGGAAUGGAGAGAUCAGCACCAGGACAGCCUCGCUCAAGGCCAAGUUGGCGAGAUCCAACUAUUCUGUCAAGCCGUCGAGAACUAA